UUUCAGAUUGCUGCUAGCAGUCCUGUAAAUAUUUCGGUAUGGAUGAUUUCAUACUUCCGGAAGAUAUCGAUGAAGAAAGCAUCGAUAAUAUGGGUUUAGAUGCUGCUGGGAGCAGAACGGUUUCUAGCGAAGAUGAUCAGGAGUUAGAGCCAAGGUCAGGGAAUGUCCUUUCGGUUGGUCGUUGUGCCCAGGUUAUGGGUGACACAUUACAAAAGUAUGAAGAAGUUAAGAAGCGCAUUGCCGAAGUGGAUCGAUUAGCGAUGCAGUUAUCCUUCGGAGUACGUUUGCAAGCCGAGAUGGAUAAAUGCGCCUCAGAGAGGAGGAAUUUUCCAUUACAUAUUGCUUUGAAGAGGCAAAAAUUGAGUUCUGGAGCAUCGCUACUAAUAAUUCAAUUGCGGAACAGUUCACCAUUUGAAAUGAUUGAGUGGCAUUUAGCCCUGACUACUUCAUCUUAUCAGGCAUCAACUAAUGAGGCAAAAGAUAAAAUAAUCACGAAAGUAAUACCAAUCAAACAACUUUCCCAACAUUCCGAGUUCAAUUACGAAAUAUUUUGUACCCGUAAUUUGCCAAUGUCAUUAUUCUUCCGGAUACAUUUGUUUAAAUGUAUCCGUUUAUCCGGAAACAGGGAACCUCGUGCUUUUCGAAUUGCGCUUGAACCAAUUUAUUUAACUCACUGGGAUACGAUUAGUAUAACUGCCGUACCAGAAAGUACGAUUAGUCGAUUGGUUCAGUAUGCAAGAGUCGAUGAGGAACAAAAAAUUACACUGCCCGAAGCUUUAGUAUAUUUAAUUUGUGAUGAAAAACAAACGGAAACUACGCUUCUCAGUUGGAUCAUUAAUACAGUUACGGAUGAAUGCGAUAGUGUGAACUGUGUGAUAUUGGACGAGGAGAAUGUCCGCUGGCCAUUUGCAGUACAGGUCAAAAAAGGAGGGUUGAACUAUGAUGUAGUGUUAAGGAUGAAGAAUGCAAAAAUGCGAUGUACUUUGAUUGAUGAGUUGAAAAUAAGGAUUUUAAUCCGAAUGCGAUAUAUUUGGAAAGAGUUGAAGGAAAAGGAAGACUGUGAAUUACUUCUAGAUAACAACUCACUAACUGCCUAUUUCACAUCUCUUGUUGCUAAAUACAAACGUUGA